AUGACUCAUCACCCUUUCGGCUUAUCCUCUGGGGGGAGGACUUUCCCUGCCUGCCCCAGAAAAUUUUUAUGUAGUAGUAGUAUUAAUACUGUGUUCUGAUUUCUAUCCCCAGAUGCAAAGCGCGUAGAUCAGAAAGUGGGACUUUAGCAAAGUGGGCUCCAUUGCCCACACACUCACGCACAUUCUGAUGUGAUCUGUGUCUUGGCCUUUGUUUCUUUUUGCAAACCGUCUGUUGCAUGGAAGCAGCCAUGGUGAUGAUGGGUCUAUGAGAUUCGCUUCUCCGGUCUUCUUAUAUUUUCCGGACAUCUCUUUCUCACUGAAACUGAUCUAGCUUCUCUCUGCGAUUCCGUGAUAUACUCUUAUCUUAUGGGUCUUCUCUGAAAUCCAAGCUCUUUUCUUACAACGUUGGUUGAAUUGAACUUUAUUCAGUUCUCAGGGAAAAGCCUAUGUUCUGAUUACAGAGUAAGAGUGAUAGAUAGCAAUGGGGAUUUCAAGCUCGAAAAUAGAGGAAGAUAAGGCUCUGCAGCUAUGUCGUGAAAGAAAGAAGUUUGUAAGACAAUCACUUGAUGGAAGGUGCUCACUAGCUGCUGCUCAUGUUACAUAUAUUCAAUCCCUUAAAAGUACAGGAAUUGCUCUUAGCAAAUUUGUGGAACCUGAAGCUCCCAUAGAAUCUUCUUUGUAUACUUCUACUACUGCAACACCAGAGCCACUUGCUUUAACUGAGAAGUCUCUUUCCCAGUUCUCCUUUUCUCCCCCAUCUAUAUCCCAACAUGUAUAUGCUACCGAAACCAUUUCUCCAUCUCCUUCUCCAAACUCUAGUCAGUUUCAGGCAAAUCAAAUGACAUUCAGGAGUUCCUCUUCGCAGAAGAUUGAAGAAAAGCUUUCUUUGCCUGUUACAGGAACAGUGACCUCGUCUAGUACCCCACAGAAUAUGACACCUCGUUCCACUGAAAGACCUGGAACAUCCCCUUUCCAAGGUUCUUCCCUCCCACCUGGAACUCCACCAUGGGAUUAUUUUGGUCUCUUUCAUCCAACUGAUCAUGAGUUUUCUUUUCAAGAUGGGAAGGGAAUGUACCAAGGGUUGGAGAAUGCUGAUGAUAUAAGACAAUAUAGAGAAGAGGAGGGAAUUCCUGAUCUAGAAGAUGAAGAGGAGAAGACUUCUUCUCAUGAGAGGGAAGAAUCUCUGGAUUCAGAAGGUGAAUUUGAUGAGCCUUCCACAGAUACUCUGGUACGAAGUUUUGAAAAUCUUAAUAGGGUUCGUGAUCAUGCUGCAGAUAAUUCUCUGCACAGUAUGCCUUCUGCACAAAAUGUAGCUUUAGAGACCGAGUUCUUAAAUAGGGAGAAAGAAAACUCCCCUUAUUUGUCACCAAUGAGAGCCACAUCUAAGGUUGAUCAUGCUGCAGAUAAUUCUCUGCACAGUAUGCCUUCUGCACAAAAUGUAGCUUUAGAGACCGAGUUCUUAAAUAGGGAGAAGGAAAACUCCCCUUAUUUGUCACCAAUGAGAGCCACAUCUAAGGUUGUUGCGCUUCCCACUGACCAAGAUAAAGCACCAUCAAAAGAAGAUUGUAUUGAGAGUAAGGUUCCUCCUAAGGACUUCUUUUCAAGCAUGAGAGAUAUUGAAUUUCUCUUUAUUAAAGCUUCUGAGUCUGGUAAAGAAGUUCCAAGGAUGCUUGAAGCAAAUAAGUUGAAUUUCCGUCCAAUAUUUCCGGGGAAAGAAAGAGGUGGGUCAAUGACAUCUGAAUUAUUGAAGACCUGUUUCUCUUGUGGGGAGGACCCAAGCCAAGUCCAAGAAGAGCCUGCUGAAAAUGACACAAAGUACUUAACAUGGCAUAGGACGACAUCAUCUCGAUCCUCUUCAACCAGGAAUCCAUUGGGAGCAAACUCAAGAGAUGAUAUAGAGGACUUUAUUGGUAACUCUUUUGAAAAUUUCUGCAUGAACUCCGGUAGUCAUGCCUCUACCUUGGAUAGGCUAUAUGCUUGGGAGAGGAAACUUUAUGAUGAAGUUAAGGCUAGUGGAAUGGUCAGAAGGGAGUAUGACUUGAAGUGUAAAACUCUAAGACAACUGGAAACAAAUGGGGAAAGUACCAAUAAAAUUGAUAAAACUCGUGCAGUUGUCAAGGAUCUACAUUCAAGAAUCAGAGUUGCAAUUCACAGAAUUGAUUCUAUCUCAAAGAGGAUUGAGGAAUUAAGGGACAAAGAGCUCCAGCCACAACUUGAGGAGUUGAUAGAAGGGUUAAGUAGGAUGUGGAAAGUUAUGUCUGAGUGCCACAAGCUUCAGUAUGACAUCAUCAAAUCAGCACAGACAAAUGGCAACACAAAGCUAUCAAUACAAUCAGAAUCACAUCGGCAGGUCACUAUCCAUCUCGAGGAUGAACUGAGUUCGCUGUCAUCAAGUUUUCUAAAGUGGUUUGCUGCUCAGAAGUUCUAUCUGCAGGCUAUAUCUGGAUGGCUUUACAAAUGUGCACCUGUUCCACAAAAAUCUUCCAAAAGAAAAAGGAAGUCAGAAGCCAGAUCCUUGAGAGACGAUGGCCCUCCUAUAUAUGUGACCUGUGGCAAUUGGUUGGCAAAGCUAAAAGACCUAGAACAGCCAGAAUCCUCAUCUAUCAAGCAAGUUGUUGAUACUAUAAAGGAUUUAGGGGUUGCGACUGCUCGCUUCAUACCACAUCAAGAAAAAAAUCAGGGGAAGGACAUGAACCGUUCAUAUUUACCAUCCUGGAAGGCUGGAAAAGAAAGUGAUUCAGAAAAUAUGCUGGGAGGUGAAGCUGUGCAUGACUGGAUUUCAGGUUUUGAUAGAUUCCGGUCAAGCUUGGAGGCAUUUAUUGGUCAGUUAAAUAACUUUGCAGAGCUUUCGAUGAAGAUGUAUGUCGAACUUCAACAGGAAAUUGAAAAAGCUAAGAGUAGCUAUGAUAGAUUGAUGUCACGAUCUCAAGUUUUGGAGAGCAAAGUUACAGAGACGACGGAAGAAUCCCAACACCCCUCAGAGUCGGAGGUCCAAUAAACUGGAGUUUUAAGAUGUAAGAAACCUGAAAGAAGUCCUGGUAGUUCAAUUGGACAUGGCAUUUGUAUAUGGUGAGAAGAAUAAAAGGGUUUUGGUUUCAACUGAAAAUAAAGGGACUGGUAAAAAGAAUUGAACAUGGAGAUGUAAUAAACGGUGUUGUAAUUAUAGGUGAUUACGAGGGCUGGUGGCUACACAGAGGGUUGCUCGCAAAGUAAUAGAACUUGUACAGUUUUUUCUUAGUAAACAUGGGAACUCUAAAAUAAUUCCCACUAGUUCUUUC